CAAGCAACAAUCAAUACCAUCUUUCGAUCACCAUCAUGCCUAAGUCCAACCCAAUGACCGGAGACGACGCUUCCCGCAUUCAAUCCCAACAGGCCAAAAGUGGAGGUGACAUGAGCUCUGGAGGUUUCUCGGCGCGAGCACAGAGCGCGGCAGCAAGGAAUGACAAUGCGAAUGCUGUUUCGGGAAGCUCUGGAGAUUUCGCGGGGCGAGCACAGAACCUGGCAGCAGACAAUGGGAAUGCUAAUUCGGGAACUGGACAGAAGUAGGCGGGGUUUAUCGUAGCUGUUGCUGGAUAUGGGGAGAGGAGGAGAAGGGGAAGGGCUUGUACCCAAGUUGAACC